CCCUGCCCGCUCGGAACAGCGCCCGGCCUGGGGCCGGCCCGGCGGCGCCAUGGCCGGGACCAGCAGCCCCGAAGCCGUGAAGAAGCUGCUGGAAAACAUGCAGGGGGACCUGCGGGGCCUGAGCCUGGAGUGCCGGAAAAAAUUCCCCCCUGUCAAGGAGGCUGCUGAAUCAGGAAUAAUAAAAGUGAAAACAAUAGCUGCACGAAACACAGAUAUUUUGGCAGCAUUGAAAGAGAACAGCUCAGAGGUGGUUCAGCCUUUUCUGAUGGGUUGUGGAACAAAAGAACCAAAGAUCACUCAGCUAUGUCUAGCAGCCAUACAGAGGCUCAUGUCUCAUGAAGUUGUUUCAGAGGCUGCAGCAGGAAACAUUAUUAAUAUGCUUUGGCAACUAAUGGAGAACAGUCUUGAAGAACUUAAAUUGCUCCAGACAGUUCUUGUGCUUUUAACAACCAAUACAGUUGUGCAUGAUGAAGCAUUGUCCAAGGCAAUUGUACUUUGCUUUCGAUUGCACUUCACAAAAGAUAAUAUCACAAAUAACACUGCGGCAGCUACAGUGCGGCAGGUAGUUACUGUCGUGUUUGAGAGAGUGGUUGCUGAAGAUGAACGAUACAAAGAUGCUGUUGACCAGCCAGCUGCAGUUCAAGGGAACAGUAAUAGAAGAUCUGUCAGUACACUGAAGCCAUGUGCUAAGGAUGCAUAUAUGCUUUUUCAGGAUCUUUGUCAGUUAGUUAAUGCUGAUGCUCCCUAUUGGCUCGUGGGUAUGACAGAAAUGACACGGACAUUUGGCCUUGAACUUCUUGAGUCGGUCCUCAAUGAUUUUCCACAAGUGUUUUUGCAACAUCAGGAAUUCAGUUUCCUUCUUAAAGAAAGGGUAUGCCCUCUUGUUAUAAAGCUCUUCUCCCCAAAUAUCAAAUUCAGGCAAGGUUCCACCACCUCAUCUUCCCCAGCACCAGUGGAAAAACCGUACUUUCCCAUCUGUAUGCGUUUGCUGCGAGUAGUUUCUGUUUUGAUUAAACAGUUUUACAGUUUGCUGGUGACAGAAUGUGAAAUCUUUCUGUCAUUGCUGGUUAAAUUUCUGGAUGCAGACAAACCGCAGUGGUUACGAGCUGUUGCAGUAGAAUCUAUUCACAGGCUUUGUGUGCAGCCUCAGCUAUUAAGGUCUUUUUGUCAGUCAUAUGAUAUGAAGCAACAUUCCACUAAAGUUUUCCGCGAUAUUGUGAAUGCACUGGGGUCCUUUAUCCAGUCUCUGUUUCUUGUACCGAGCGCAGGGAAUACAUCAGCAACACCAAACCAAACUGGAAGCAAUGCAUCAGGGAAUACUGGCUCAGCACAAACUAACCCAGGAGUGCUUGGAAUGGGCGGAGGUGCAACUGUAUUACCUGCCUUUGAGUACAGAGGCACUUGGAUACCCAUCCUGAAUGUAACAAUACAAGGCAGUGCUAAAGCUACAUAUUUGGAGAUGCUGGACAAAGUUGAGCCACCUACAAUUCCUGAAGGCUAUGCAAUGUCAGUGGCAUUUCACUGUUUGCUGGAUCUUGUCCGUGGUAUCACUACCAUGAUCGAAGGAGAGUUGGGAGAGGCAGAAACUGUCAUUCAAACCUCAGUAGAGGCAACUUCAUUACCAGCACAGUCUUCAGAGCAAGAUUUGCAGUCUGUUUCUGACCAGUCAGAGAAAGAACUAGUUAACAGAGCGGUCUGGGAAGAAAUGGUGAAUGCUUGUUGGUGUGGUCUUCUGGCUGCUCUGUCCCUCCUACUUGAUGCAAGCACUGAUGAGGCUGCCACUGAAAAUAUUCUAAAAGCAGAAUUGACCAUGGCUGCCCUUUGUGGAAGACUGGGUCUUGUAACCUCAAGAGAUGCCUUUAUCACUGCCAUUUGCAAAGGAUCCUUGCCUCCUCACUAUGCCCUUACUGUAUUGAACAGCACAACUGCAGCUCUGUCCAGCAAAUGUAAAUCAUACUCAAUUCAGGGACAGAAUGUUCAAAUGAUUAGUCCCUCAAGUGAGUCUCACCAGCAAGUUGUAGCAGUAGGGCAACCCUUAGCUCUUCAGCCACAGGGAACAGUUAUGCUGACAUCAAAAAAUAUCCAGUGUAUGAGGACAUUACUCAACUUAGCUCAUUUCCAUGGAGCUGUUCUUGGUACAUCAUGGCAACUUGUUCUGGCUACCCUUCAGCAUCUUGUGUGGAUUCUGGGACUGAAGCCUAGUGUUGGGGGUGCAUUAAAACCUGGAAGAGCUGUGGAAGGGCCAAGCACAGUUCUGACUACAGCAGUUAUGACUGAUCUGCCAUCUAUAUCCAGCAUGAUUUCAAAGCUUUUUGAAAACUCACAGUACCUUGAUGAUGUGUCUUUACAUCACUUAAUAAAUGCCCUUUGCUCCUUGUCCCUGGAAGCCAUGGAUAUGGCCUAUGGAAACAAUAAGGAACCAUCACUUUUUGCUGUUGCUAAAUUACUGGAAACGGGACUAGUUAACAUGCGCAGGAUUGAGAUUCUUUGGAGACCUCUGACCGGUCAUCUUCUGGAGGUCUGUCAGCAUCCCAACUCCAGAAUGAGAGAAUGGGGAGCAGAAGCUUUAACUUCUCUGAUUAAAGCAGGACUGACAUUCAGACAUGAUCCUCCAUUAUCUCAAAAUCAGAGACUGCAGUUGCUUUUAUUGAAUCCACUAAAGGAGCUGUCAAACAUUACUCAUCCUGAUAUCAGGAUCAAGCAGUUGGAGUGUGUACUACAGAUUUUACAGAGUCAGGGUGACAGCUUAGGACCUGGUUGGCCAUUGGUGCUUGGAGUCAUGGGGGCAAUCCAAAGUGAUCAGGGAGAGUCCCUAAUACGGACAGCAUUCCAGUGUCUUCAGCUGGUUGUGACUGACUUCCUUCCUACAAUGCCGUGUACUUGUCUGCAGAUAGUUGUUGAAGUUGCAGGAAGCUUUGGACUUCACAAUCAAGAGCUAAAUAUUAGUUUAACUUCAAUUGGUUUGCUGUGGAAUAUUUCAGAUUAUUUUUUCCAAAGAGGUGAAAUAAUUGAAAAGGAGCUAAACAAAGAAGAAGCAGUGUUGCAGAAACAGGCAGAAGAAAAGGGAGUGAUGCUGAACAGACCUUUUCAUCCUGCAUCACCAUUUGACUGUCUUUGGUUAUGCUUGUAUGCCAAACUUGGAGAACUGUGUGUGGAUCCCCGACCUGCAGUUAGAAAGAGCGCUGGGCAGACAUUGUUUUCUACUAUUGGUGCUCAUGGAACUUUACUGCAACAUUCAACGUGGCACACAGUAGUAUGGAAGGUCUUAUUUCACCUGCUGGAUAGGGUUCGAGAAUCUUCUACAACAGCUGACAAAGAGAAGAUUGAAUCAGGAGGAGGCAACAUUCUCAUUCAUCAUUCAAGAGAUACAGCUGAGAAACAGUGGGCUGAGACAUGGGUAUUAACACUGGCUGGAGUUGCAAGAAUAUUUAACACUAGAAGAUACUUACUGCAGCCUCUAGGAGACUUUUCCCAAGCCUGGGAUGUUCUUCUCGAUCACAUCCAGUCAGCAGCACUUAGCAAAAAUAAUGAAGUUUCCUUGGCUGCUCUGAAAAGCUUCCAGGAGAUCCUACAAAUUGUUUCUCCUGUUCGAGACUCUGAGAAGCCUGAGACACCACCUGCCAUCAAUGUUUCUGUACCUCUGGUGGUAGGGACAGCUGCCACUAGUCUUGGCAGAUCAUUCAUGAGAACUGACUCCAUAGGAGAAAGAAUAGGAAGAUACAAUGGAUCUGAACUUCCUGUAGUAACAGAUGAGAUUGAAGAUUUGAAUCUUUGGUGGGCAGCCUGGAACAGCUGGUAUAGGAUUGGAUCAGAAAGUACAAGGCCUCCAGUUACUUGUGAUAAAUUGGCUUUCAUUCCCAGCCAGCCUUUUCUUACAGCUUUAAUUCAAAUAUUCCCAGCUCUUUACCAACACAUCAAAACUGGUUUCAGCAUGGAUGAUCUCCAAAAGCUGGGUGUCAUUUUGCAUGGUGCUGUUUCAGUUCCAAUCAGUUCAGAUGCUUCCCCUUUCAUCCUUCCAUCUUACACUGAAGCAGUUUUGACAAGUUUACAGGAAGCAGUGCUUACAGCUUUAGAUGUUUUACAAAAGGCUAUAUGUGUGGGCUCAGAAGGUAUGCAGAUAAUGUAUCCUGCAAUCUUUGACCAACUGCUGGCCUUUGUAGAAUUUUCCUGCAAGCCUCCACAGUAUGGACAGCUGGAAACCAAGCACAUUGCAAAUGCAAAGUAUAAUCAGAUACAACUAUUUGCACCGGCGGAAUGGGUGGCAUUGAAUUACGUACCAUUUGCGGAGAGAUCGUUGGAAGUUGUGGUGGACCUAUACCAAAAGACAGCUUGCCAUAAAGCUGUGGUAACAGAGAAGGUUCUUCAGAAUAUUAUUAAGACACUUAGAAUACCUCUUAGUCUGAAGUAUUCGUGUCCUUCUGAGAGCACAUGGAAGCUAGCUGUGUCCUCUCUUCUUAAAGUUCUCUCCAUUGGACUACCUGUUGCAAGGCAGCAUGCAUCUUCUGGAAAAUUUGACAGUAUGUGGCCAGAGCUAGCGAAUACUUUUGAAGAUUUUUUAUUCACAAAAAGUACACCUCCUGAUAAUCUCUCAAUUCAAGAAUUUCAGAAGAAUGAGAGUAUUGAUGUUGAGGUGGUGCAGCUUAUCAGCACAGAGAUACUGCCAUAUGCUAAUUUUAUUCCUAAGGAAUUUGUUGGUCAGAUAAUGACUAUGCUCAAUAAAGGCUCAAUACAUUCUCAGUCAUCCUCCUUUACAGAAGCCGAAAUAGAUAUUCGAAUGAGAGAGGAGUUUUCUAAAGUGUGUUUUGAAACACUGCUCCAGUUUUCAUUCAGUAAUAAAGUCACAACUCCUCAAGAAGGCUACAUCUCUAGAAUGGCACUUUCUGUGCUCUUGAAAAGGUCACAGGAUGUAUUGCAUCGCUACAUAGAAGAUGAGAGAUUGAGUGGCAAAUGUCCUCUUCCACGGCAGCAAGUAACAGAAAUCAUAUUUGUUUUAAAAGCUGUCAGUACUCUCAUAGAUUCACUUAAAAAGACUCAACCUGAAAAUGUUGAUUCUAGCACAUGGGCACAAGUUAUUGCCUUGUACCCGACUUUAGUAGAAUGUAUCACCUGCUCAUCCUCAGAAGUGUGCUCUGCUUUGAAGGAGGCACUGGUUCCUUUUAAGGACUUCAUGCAUCCACCAGCAGCCAAGGUACAGAAUGGAGAGUCUUGACCCCAUAAAACUUUUUUAUUCUUGAAGGGAAUAUCCAAAAAUGUUUGCUCCUGGGUGAAGUUUCUCUGAGGAAAUCUCUUGUGACUAGUACUUUGGCAACCAGUGCUGCCUGCCUCUUAACUGUACUAACAAGAGCUCAGUAAGUCAUGAAUACAGGCUUUAUCUCAAAGGUUCCAGAGUGAGUAGCAGUGCAAACCUUUAAUAAAUUUAACUGACUAGUUGGAAUCAUUUAUAAUCUAAUGUACUUGCUACAGUAUCUUGAAGUGGUGAUUGAAAAGUGGGCUUAUGUACAGCUUGUUGUGUAUGUGUUAAUGAUGUAAUUAAAAAUAUUUCAAUUCAGUCAGAUUUAUUAGGCUGGUGUUUUGCACCCUUUUUUGAAGUACAAAUUGUACUAAAAUUUUAUGCAAGAUGGUACUGUAACAUUCCAUAUAUCUGUAACCAGCCUUUGUAAACAAAGGGAACUGAUAUACUUGUGUGUAUAAUAAAUGGUACAAUUAUGUAUAAAAUAGUUGCAUUUAUUAUUUAAAUUCUUGAAACAAUAUUGAUAAUGUCAAAUGCUUGAAAAUGUAUUUAUUAUGAAUAAGUUGUAUGCUUGCAUUUUUACUUACAGUUUGCCUUCAAAAUUACCAGAUAUGCUCAUUCAUAUCUGAUCAUGUUAGUUUCUGCUUAAUUGAAUGUAUCUUCUUUGUGGCCAUUGGACAUCUGGAAGGGGUCAUAUAACAAAAGAUUGAAGCAAGCAGUCACAGUCUGCCGAUCUCAAACUUCAGAGUAGUUGACCUGAAAUAAGUUUCAAUAUGCAGAAAUCCACUGUAGCACUUCAGCACUACCAUACCUCACUUCAUAAUAAAUUUAUUUCAAGAUGUUUGUUCUACUUACCUCUAUCCAUUUUUGAAAUUGCAGCCUUGCUUUAAAAUGAAAACAAAUAUAUUUAAAAAUUGUUAGCCUUUUUUGACCUUCUUGGCAAGUAUCACAGUCUUUGAAUCAUGACCCAGGAAAGGCAAGGUCAAAUAUCUAAAAUACUUGGCUGUAAUAUUUUGUUCAAUAAUUAUAAGUGUUUUGUUUUGUAAUGUUUUUUCAACCCAAACAAAUUGUUCUAAUCUUUUAAUUAUAAACUGUUUCUGAUAAAAACCAUGAGAAGUGUAUUUUUGAACAUAGUUACUCAGUUAGAAAUGCAGUAAAAUUUGUCAUUAAGUAAAUGAAUUUGUUUCACUUUAACAUAAUACACAAUCGAAGCAAACCACUUUUAAUAGUAUUGUUUUUAAAGUUUGUUAUCUAGCAUUUAAACUCUUACUUAAUGAAUUUUGAUUUCAAUAAUGUUUCACUUGUAUUCGCAUUUUUAAUCUGUGAUGUGAAAGCACAAAGGCCAAAUGUUAAAAAAAAAAAGACAGGUGCCUUUCUAUGGAUUUCAGAAUUUCAGAGCUUACUUUUAGGAUUUUGUUUCAAGUCUUUUGUAGAUAUUAAAAGAUUGUCAUGCAUAAGAAAUGGUAUUACAUCUGUUUGCUUUGCACUUUCCUCACUAAAGGAACAGUGAUUGGUACAUGUCAAUAGGUGUAAAAGUUGUAGAAGCUUCAAGCUGAAUGUGUGAUGAACUGGUCAGGGUUACCCUGAAGGAAUAAUGUUUUCCAGGCAGUUCUUUGGACAGCUUGCUCCCACAAGUCUCCAGUUUAUGGUCCUUUUUGAAAGCUUUCUGUUUCAAAGUAUGGUAAAUAUUAAAAGAGGCUUCAAGACCUUGCACAUUUCUGUGACCACACUUGCAUGGGACUUUAUUGUCAAACCUGAUUAGUUUUAAGAGAAUACACAGUUUACAUUAAGGAAACAAAUGUUUCUUGUUAAUAGAAUUUAUGUCAGAAUGCCUCCUCUGCAGGAGCAGUUCCAUUAUACUGCAGAACUGGAUCUUACAUACAAGUAACAACAUCAUCUAUACUCUGAAAGUGAAAACCUGACGACUAGUCUCCUAAUUAGUGAAAGUCGAGGUCAUUAAAGAAACAAACUGUAGGACAGGAAAUAAGGGAAUUAAUUUGUUUUAGAAUAUAUUGGUGUGCAGUUCAAGCUGUGGGUGAAUUUGUUUCUAAUUAGUUUCAAAUGGAUUUUUCAGUGGUAAUACAGAUGCAUUUGUCCACUGAGGCAAAUCUCCAUCUUUGUCUGUAAUUCAAAAAGGGGUGCAUGAGUCUUUCUUCACACUUUAGACUACUUUACACCUAUGACUAUUAAUCUUCAAAAGGUUUUGAAAUAAACUACCAAUGAGCUAACUUACCAUCCUUUCCUGUUAAUUACAAAAUGAAUAUCUGUACUAUUUGAGGCAUGUUUUGGACAUGCAAUCUGAGGUUGAUUGUAUUAAAAAUGCUUUUUUUUUGUAUUUUGUAUAAAUAGUUGGAAAACUAAAAACAAAGCUACUUAGCUUAGAAAAUGUUUUCAUUGACUAAUUUUGUCUGUGAACAAGAAUGAUUACUGCA